AUGUCACGAGCAAACAGAUUGCUGCUUAUAGCGGCGGGAGUCAUAGCUUUUCUUGUUGUGACUCAGCUUGUACUUAUUAAAGUAGAGUCGGUGACGUAUUUUGAAAACGGAGAGACGCUGCAGUUGGAGGAUAAAGUAGCAGUAACGAUGACGAAAAAAAAGCUGCCCGUAUAUGAAGAGAUGAAAGUUUUUCCUGUAGUUUUAAUGCAUGGAAUGGGUGAUGCUGCACGUAAUGGAGGAAUGAUACGUAUUCAAAAGGCAAUUGCGGAGCAUCUCGGAGUUUAUGUGGCAAAUGUUCAGCUGGGCAAUUCGGUGAAUGAAGAUAUGGAGAACAGCUUUUUUGUCACGAUGGACAACCAGACAAAAAUGUUUGCCAGGAUUGUGCGAGAGGACGCGCAAUUAGCACAUGGAUUCAAUGCGGUGGGAUUCUCGCAGGGCAACUUGUUGAUUCGCGCGUAUAUUGAGCGUUUCAAUGAUCCACCGGUUUACAAUUUUAUUUCGUUUCAUGGACCGCUUGCUGGCGUGGGUGGAUUACCACGAUGCUCCCCUCUCAACUUUAUUUGCAAGGAAAUUGACAAGCUUAUUGGAGAAGCCGUAUACACUAAACGGGUUCAAGAGCACCUUGCGCAGGCGAACUACUAUCGAGACCCUCUUCGCAUUGAAGACUAUCUCAAGCAUGCUCAAUUUCUUCCCGAUCUCAAUAACGAGAAGAUAUCUAUCAACCAGACGUACAAGGACAACUUUACAAAACUGCAAAAUCUUGUGCUCGUUCGCGCCAAUCAUGACACGCAGGUCUUUCCAAAAGAGUCGGAGUGGUUUGGUAUGUACGAAGAUGGCGAUCCACAUAUGAACGUGCUAGGCUUUAACGAGACGAGAUGGUACCAGGAAGACUUGUUUGGACUGAAGACUCUUAACGAAGCCGGUAAGGUCCACUUUGUCUCUACGAAUGGAGAUCAUUUACGAUUCUCUAUGGAAUUUCUACUUGGUGUGGUGGACAAGUAUUUACUGCCUACAAAGUAUGGAAGUAAUCACUUCACCUAG